AUGGAAAGCACAGCGGCCGAUCAAGACUCCGUUAUCUCGGACGCGUCAUCGCUGUCAAAGCGCGAGCGGAUGAAAACAUUUCUGAAGGAAGAGUUGCACCAAGCUGGCGAUGGACUCUUGAAAGGCAAGCUGAAGCUGGAGCACUCGUUGGGCUUGGGACAAAAGCCGAACGUGAUCCCGGCGGGCGAAGCGCAAAUCCACUCCAAUGAAGAGCGCGUGGUUGAAAUAGGCUGGCACCCGGUCGCCGGACUUGCCGGCAAAUGGUUUGCCGAGAAGACGGGCCUCGGCCGCUUGAUCACGGAGAAGAUCAACAAGUACCCCGACCCGACGCAGCACUGGGCCGUGCUUGUUGGUGGCUAUGUGCACCAGUUGUGGAUGGACGAGAGCCUCGACGUCAUCUACAUCAACGAGGAGCUUAAGCACGACGAGUGGCACACAUAUGAGGUCGGAAAGACGCGCUUUAACGACGAAGCCAUUCGACAAGCAGGCGAGAUGGUCAUCUUUAACAUGCGCCAGAAACACCCUGGCUACAACCUCAUCACCAACAACUGCCAAAACUUUGCAUUACUUAUGCUAGACGCCGUCCAGAUCGGCAAGCACCGCCAGUUCGGGUCCAGCUUUUCUAUCUACCAGCGAGCUACCGGCGAGGGCACCAUCGCCGAUCUCUUCAUCGAUAAUCCGUCACAGGACGAGGAAGAUGCCGCUGCCGCUAUGGACGCCGAGGAGGCUGAAGAAGGCGAGGCGGCAGGAAGCCUCCCCGUACCUACGGAAGAGGGUGCAGAGCCAAAGAAGAGCUACUUCAACAAUAUUCUCAAGAAGGCCCAGAAGGUUAUGGAGGAUAACACGACCAAGCUAGAUAGCCACCGCACGCUGCACUAG